GUUGUUAGAAUCGAACUGACUCGCAACUUCCAUGGAAGCUUCAACAGCUCCACUAAGCCUCCCCAAACCCCCACCGCCUCAACCAGACCUCCAAAAGAUCAGCCGCAAGCUCCUCAAACACGGCGUUCACCCCACCCCCAAAAUCCUCCACAACCUCCGCAAAAAGGAACUCCAGAAAAUCAACCGCCGCGACGCCAAACAAGCCUCCAAGCUCCCGCCGCCCCUCACCGACCUCCAAAACCAAACCAUUUUGGAAGAAUCCCAUUUCCAAACGAUCAAGUCCGAGUACAAGAAAUUCACCAGAAAUGAACAAACCGCGAAGCUGGUGGGCCGGCCGUGGGAGAGGUUGGACCGGCUCCGAUUGCGAGAGCUCGCCGGAGAGGGCGCAGAGCACGACGGGGCUCACCUGAAUCCCGAGCAUUUGAGGGAGCUGAGUGACAUAAUCGAGUGUGAGAGGGACCGGUUCUCAUGGCUCUUGGAUGACGAUGUUGAGGUUGAACAAGGAUUGCUUCAGGAGAGGAAUUGGGCGCCGCGGAAGCGGACUGAAGCCGAAGCAAUCAAGCUUCUCAUUGACAGACUGAGUGCAACUGAGCUGAGUGUGAAGGAUUGGAAGUUUACGAGGACGAUGAGGCACUCGGGCUUGCAGUAUACAGAAAAGCAAAUGUUGAAGAUAGUUGAAGGGCUUGGGCACAAGGGGCAAUGGAGACACGCCUGCUCUGUUGUAGAGUGGCUGUACAGCUCCAAGGAGCACAGGCAUUUCAAGAGCAGGUUCGUGUAUACGAAGUUAUUGACAGUGCUAGGCAGAGCCAGGAAGCCUCGUGAAGCUCUUCGAGUCUUUAAUCUGAUGCGUGGAGAUGCACAUAUAUAUCCAGAUAUGGCAGCAUUUCAUUGUUUUUCUGUUAUACUGGGCCAAGCUGGUUUACUGAAAGAGCUGCUGAAUGUUAUUGAAUCCAUGAAGGAGAAACCAAAAAACAUCAAAAAUAUGAGGCGCAAAAAUUGGAGUCCUGAACUUCAACCAGACAUUGUUAUAUUUAAUGCUGUUUUAAAUGCUUGUGUUCCGACUUGCCAAUGGAAGGGAGUAUCGUGGGUCUUUCAACAGUUGAGAAGGAAUGGUCUCAGACCUAAUGGAGCAAGCUAUGGGCUAGCAAUGGAGGUAAUGCUGAAAUCAGGGAAGUAUGACCUCGUCCAUGGAAUUUUUGAGAAAAUGAAACGAAAUGGGGAAUCUUUAAAAGCCCUGACUUACAAAGUUCUUGUCAGAGCAUUCUGGGAAGAAGGUAAAGUUGAUGAUGCUGUUCGAGCUGUCAGGGAUAUGGAAAAAAGAGGGAUAAUUGGAACAAGAAGUGUAUACUAUGAGCUAGCUCGCUGCCUUUGUUUCUAUGGCAGAUGGCAAGAAGCAAUACUCGAGGUUGAGAAGUUAAAGAAUCUUCGUCCAAAAAGGCCUCUUGCAGUUACUUUUACAGGCAUGGUAUUUUCGUCCAUGGAUGGUGGACAUGUUCAAGAUUGUAUAUCCCUCUAUGAGCACUGCAAAACGCGCAUGGCUCCUGAUAUUGGUCUGAUAAAUGCUAUGUUGAAAGUUUAUGGCCGGAAUGAUAUGUUUCUUAAAGCUAAAGAAAUAUUUGAAGAGACCAGAAGAAAUGAUUCAGGUUCUAAAGUUGGUGAACGUGGUGAUUGCUCUUUCGCAAAAGCAGAUAGUUUCACCUUCGGCUCCAUGCUCGAGACAUCUGCAAGUGCUCUCCAGUGGGAGUACUUUGAGUAUGUGUACAAAGAGAUGACCCUCUCGGGUCAUCAAGUUGAUCAACGUAAACAUUCUGCUCUAUUAGUUGAAGCAUCCAAAGCUGGAAAGUGGCAUUUGCUGGAACAUGCGUUUGGUUCGAUUCUUGAAGCUGGUGAGAUACCUCCUCUACCAUUCUUCACUGAAAUGGCUUGUCAAGCCAUUAUCCAAUGUGACUAUGAAAAAGCGGUGAAUAUUUUCAACGUGAUGGCUCAUGCUCCGUUUCAAGUCACUUUUCAAGAGUGGGUCGACUUCUUCGAGAGAAAUAGAGACAGGUUGGAUCAGGCUUCUCUUAUAGAACUUGAGGAGGAACUCGUCUCACACGAAUUACGAAGAGAAGUCACAGUCUUGAAUCUGUCAAGAGCGUUGGAAUACAUGUGCGGGUCUUGUGAGGACUCGGUAAAUUCAGUAGCUUCCAUCAGUGCAACAGUGGAGAAGGUUCCUGAAGAUGUAAGAUUUGAUGAUACUUUGAAGCUUGACGUAAGCAGAGGCAGUUGUAUGAACAGAGUGCUCGAUUACCAGUCGAAUGGCGUCAGAAUGGAGACAGGUGUGGCGUCUACGUCUGACUUACGUGAUGAAAAAGAUAGCACGAGGGCUCAUCCUGCCCGACUUGCAGAGAAUUUCGACCGCGAUUUGGUAUCAAGAAAUAGGACAUAUUCAGAUGAGACAGAGUCUGAAGAUGGAGAGUGGGACUCAGACAGUGAUGAGUUCAACUCGGAACUUAUCAUCCCGAGCAGUGGAGUUGAUGAUUCAGAAGAAUUAGAUACUCCUUCAGCCUAUGAGAUACUCCAAAUUUGGAAGAAAAAGUGAAGCAUUUCUUCUUCUUCUUCUUCUUCUUCCUUUAAAAGGUAAGGUGUCUCACAAUAUUUACUUUUAGUCACUGCACUGCGUUGGAUUCUUCUAUUGCUCAUAGUGUAUUAUAAUAGAGAGUAUCCUCAACCUCAAGGGAGAGAAAAAAAGAAAAAAGAUUUAAAUGGAUACAACUGAAGAUAUUCUCAUAAUCCAUGAAGGCCUCAUUUGGCUGUUAACUUGGAUAA